UCCAAUGAGACCCAGAGCAGGAGAAGGCUCCAGCCUUCUGGUUUUCAUAACAGUAGCCCCCUCCAGUAGGGUUGAGGCAUGGGAGGAGCUUGCCCAAACUCAAAUAAACACUGACAUGCAGCAUCUUAUGAGGAUGUGCAGCCUCCAUAGGACACACUACAACAGCUAGAAGGACAAGGACAGCUGAAACUCUCUGUCAAGAUGAUCAAGUCCUUCAAGCAAACAUUUCUGUCCCUGGACCUGCAGUCCCCUCGCUGGAGCUCAGUAGAGGCAAUGGCAAAGGACUAUGAACUGCGUCAGUAUGAGACAGCAAAGUGGGUCAGCACAGUGAUCAGGGGAGAAACCCAGAAGGAAGCAAUGCGCCAGGGCUUCUGGAAACUCUUCCACUACAUCCAGGGAAAGAAUGAAAAAGAAGCUAAGAUUGAUAUGACUGUGCCAGUGACCUGCCUGGUAAAAUCAGGCUGCGCAGACUUCAAGAUCUCCUUCUUUGUGCCAUUUGAACACCAGGACUGCCCUCCCCAGCCCACUGACUCGGAUGUGUUCAUUGAGGAACGGAAGGCAGCAGCUCUCUUUGUCCGGUCCUUUGGUGGAUUUGCCUCUCCAGAGAAAUAUGCUGAGGAAGCUGAUGCCUUGGCCAGAACCUUAAGAAACAGAGGCCAACCCUUCCACGAAGACUUCUUUUAUACUGCAGGCUAUGACAGUCCCUUCAAGCUCUUUAACAGGCAUAACGAAGUGUGGUAUUUUAAAAAGUAACAUGAUGGGAGAAUAUGAAGAGGCUACUAAUCAGCUCUGGAUGGAAAUAGACCUUAUGAUUGGCUUUUGUUUUAGUGCAGGAAAGAUUUAACUUGCAUGUGGACACAAUGCCUAAAUUUAUUUUCUCUAGGAUGAAGUACGUUCUAGAUAAAAACACUUCAAAAAUCACACCAGGUGGAGUGGGCAGGAAACAAACUUACUCCUCUUAGUGAAAGGCUCUAAGCAACACCAAUAAUCUUAAAAUAAUCCUGCUGAAGUUAAUUAGGUAUGUAGCUUUACUUCUCACUAGAAGUACUACAGCACUUAAAGUGUUAUGGAAAGGGAGUUCUUCAUAACUGAUUUUCAUAAGAUGAUUUUUUGUACUGACAUCAUCCUUGGGAACAGGGAGGAAUUUAAAUGAAUUUUUCAGAGAAGCAAGUUUCCAUUAAGGAGCAUUAGAAAGCCAUAACAUCUUAGCAGCCCUUAGUGACUUACCAACAGCAACUGUUGUUAAUUAGUACUAUCAAAAUUUCCCACCUCUCCAGCUUUACUUUUUUCCCUCAUGAAGGCUGAAUGUUGUUUAAAUCCAGGACCCUUGGAAAAGGGUCUUUAAGUCCAAGCCAUGCACUUGUUCUGAGAUCUGCACCUGAACACGUAAUACCAGGAUUACUGGUGAAAUAUUAUUUCAGUAGCAAAUUUACAAGUAUUAAGUUUUGCUGUCACUUGAAACACUUGAAAUACUCAAGUUAUUUAGCUUUGUCUAAAUAUGGUCACCUGCAGCCUGCACCCCAGCAGUACUUGACACCUCAGUUAAGACACUUGCAGGACUAGCAUACCUAUUUAGUCCAUGCUCUAAAUCAAGCAUUUUCAAUCUUAAUAUAGCAGCUUGGAGGGGUUUUGCAUCAAGUUGUUUCAGCCAGAAAGGAGGUCACAACACCAGGUAGAGUUUGCAGAUUUUUAUUGGCUCCAAUAAGCAUCAGGCAAACAUUACCAGUGAAGUAAAAAGACAUCAGCUUUUUUAAUGUUAUUCAUGUAAGUGUAACCCAUUCAUCAGCAAUCUUCCACCUAUUAAGACAGACAUAAGAACCAUUAUAAGGUACCAAACCAGCACAAGAAGCUUGACGGGAACAUCUCAGACCUUAGAAUUUCAUCUCUAUUCAGUGAGAGAGUUCAAGCUAAGGUUUCAUCACUUGUUCCACCAAAUACAUUAUUACAGCAGUUACACUCACCUCCUUAAUUCUUCAUAUGCUAGUUUCAGAAUUGCCUCUUCACCUAAAUCAAGAAAACACAGUUAGCAUAUGCAGCAGCACAACAGCUAAAAAGCUCCACAAGAGCUUGGUAACCUCAGAAAUGGAACGGAAAGGGUAAUAUCACAGUAACUCAUUUGGCAGAAUCAAUCUCAUCAGUGGCUACAACUAUUUCCUUAAGUUUUUAAUAAAUUUAUUUGUGGACUUACCC